AUGGAAAGCUUGAUGCCUUAUCUCCUACCUGUCCUUGUUCCUCUCUUUCUUUAUCUCUUCUCCUUGAUUUACAGAAAAGGGUCCAGCCGUCUCCCUCCGGGCUCGGUGGGUUGGCCGAUCCUCGGAGAAAACGUGGAGUUCGCAGUGGUAGGCUCUCAGAGACUAAUAAAAGAGCGGAUGCAGAAAUAUUGUAGAGACGCAUUCAAAACCAAUUUGUUUGGAGAGAAAUUGGCUGUGUUAUGCGGCGCAGGCGGCAACAAGUUCAUCUUCACGAACGAGAAGAAGCUCUUUGCGCCCUGGUUUCCUGUGUCAUUGAGCAAGGUAAUCUUCCCGGACUUUGACCAUGUGAGGCAUCAGGAGCCGGAGGCCACGUUCUACAACUUCAAGCACGACGUCCUGAAGCCGGAGGCCUUGAGGCAGUACAUCCCGGUGAUGGACAAGCUGGCGCGUGAGCAUCUCCGGCAUGGGUGGAUGCGUAAUUCGGUGGUGAAGGCAGGCCCGGCCACGAAGAAAUACACCUUCGAGCUGGCGUGCAGGUUGUUCAUGGACGUGGUGGAUCCGGAGCGGCUGGACAAGUUGCUGGGGCCCUUCUCUCUCAUGACGGAUGGGAUGGUCUCCCUGCCUAUAAAUUUCCCUGGGACGGCCUUCAACCGCGCGUUGAGGGGAGGCAGGGUGGUGCGCGCAGAGCUGCUGAGGAUCGUGGAGGAGCGGAGGAAGGAGCUGGAGGUUAUGAGCGAGGGACGAGGUGACCUCAUGUCCAAGAUGCUGCUGGCUAGAAGUCAAGAAGAUGGGAAACCUAUGAGCCAUACCAGGGUUGCUAAUAUGGUUGUUGGUUUGCUUGUUGCUGGCCUCUAUGAAGUUUCAUCUGCAAUCAAUAUUGUCACUCAAUAUCUUGCCCAACUUCCUCACAUUUACGACUUGGUUUUCAAAGAGCAAAUGGAGAUUGCAACAUCAAAAGGCGCUGAUGAGCUGCUGACGGAGGAGGAUGUGGAGAAGAUGAAGUACACAUGGAAUGUGGUGCUCGAGUGCUUCAGGAUAACACCACCUUCAUUCGGAACAUUCAGAGAAACAAUAACGGAGUUCACUUUUGCAGGUUUCACCGUUCCUAAAGGAUGGAAGAUAAUGUGGACGCCACACUCUACCCACAACAAUCCGGACUACUUUCCAGAGCCAGACAAGUUCGAUCCUUCGCGCUUUGAGGGGAGUGGGCCGCCGCCUUACACGUUCGUCCCAUUCGGAGGAGGAGCGAGAAUGUGCCCUGGGAGAGGCUAUGCUAAGCUUGUAGUAUUGGUGUUCAUCCACAAUUUGGUGACCACCUUCAGAUUUGAGAAGGUCUUGCCUCAUGAGAAGAUGUUGUUCAAUCGUCUUUCGCCUGCACCGGCUCAUGGACUUCCUAUUCGCCUCCAUCCUCAUCAAAAAUAAGUUCGUAUAUUUCCCUAUCCAUCUAUAGAUAAAUAACUGCGUGAGAUGUAAAAUAAAAGUAAAAUGUUCUGGAUUGAAGCCCGUUGAAAAACUCAUACUACUAUUUCAGAUACUUGGUGUUUGUGUACUGACAUGAUGGUCUCAUUUAGUUUUACUAUAUUUACUUUCAUAUUUCGUUA